GCUAAACCCGUUUGUCCUAAAUUAAACUCAUUAAAUUGUUGUUCUAGACCUUGUUAAAAAAAGAGAUUAACAAUUUCAAGUAUCAGGGCGGGUUAAAGGGAUUUAUAUUUUUUCAAUAUAAAUUCAAGUUGCAUGCCUUUCUGAUAUUGUUUACCAUUCCACACAUCUUUAGGCUCAAGUCAAGCUAUAUUUACUCACUAUAUUUGUAAUUUGUCUAGUUCUACUUUACUCUUUAAAACCGUGAAUUUAUUUAAUUGUUACCAUCAAUUGCUGAUCUUCGUGACUCCUGUUUCAUUAAUUGUUGAAAAUCUGCUCCACUCAUCCAUUAUUUCAGUUAUUUUCUUUGUAAUUCAUUUGAAUGGAGAAGGAUGUCUAAGGCUACUAAACGUAAAUAUGUAACCAAAGAGGUUCUUGAGAACUACUUUAUUCCAGAGGAACCAGCUUAUAUUGUUAAGGUCAUUGCUGGUCGAGGAAACAACUUACACGAGGUAGAAUCACCUGAUGGCGAAAAGUAUCUUGCUAGCAUGCCAACCAAAUUCAGAAAAAAUGUUUGGAUCAAAAGAGGUGAUUUUGUUGUCGUUGAGCCGAUAAAAGAAGGAGAUAAAGUGAAGGCUGAAAUUAUCCAAAUUCUGUUAAAGGACCAAAUCAAAUACAUUAAAUCAGAAGGCAAAUGGCCUGUGAGAUUUGAAGAUAAACAAGUGGCUGAUGAAACUGAAAACGAGGAUGCUUUAUUCUUCAACCCAAAUCGUAGAAAUGACGAUUGUAGCAGUGAUUCCGACUCUGAUUCAUCUGGAUCAUCAGGAUCAUCCCAACCUUCAUCAGAAGAAGAGUCAGAUGCUGAAUCUUCUGAAAAUUGAACUCUCAUGUGAAUAUUGUUUUAUAUACACUUCCAUACAUCAAUUACUAUUUCUUUGCUUCUGUUGCCAAGCCGAUACAAAUGAACAAUUAGUUUCAUACAUACAAUAUUUAACUAAUCUUGUGCACCAAAUAUCAAUAAAUAAUUCUUCAAUUGAA